AUGAAGAGCUUUCUCGGUGCAAUCGUUACUAUCACUUCUUUCUUUGGCCUGGCCAUGAAUGCAUCGGCUUUGCCUCAAUUCUCGUCGAUUGAAGGGUUUACUGUCUCCGAGUCUGCAACUACUACUGCAGACGACCUCCCCAGUAGCACGGCAAGUGGUGUCUUCACUAGUGCCACCGGUGCUACUUCUACGGAUGUCCCUUCGCUUACUGAGGCCGAUAUAUCUGCUCUUCCCCUCAUACCGGUGACAGGAGAUGACUCUUUUGCCAUCGUUCAGUCCUCUAAUACUUCGCUUCUUGAAACCCACCCCGAAGUUGAUGUGGAGCCAAAGAAUCAACUCCCUGACAUACCGUCUGUAAGCGAUAAGUCCACUCUCCCAUUGAUUGUUUCAAUAGCUGAUGAUGAUAGAAUCUCACCCGACGUGACCAAUGCGUCGGAGGACCCUUUUCAUCCCCGAUCACGCCCUGGACGAAUGUAA